ACGUACAUGCUUUUACUUAAGUGUUUUUACAGUGUGGCAUUAAUACUUCUACUUCACCUAAAGGGCCUGAACACUUCUUGACAUUUGUCAUUCCUGAUUAUUCGCACCAGACAGAAGUGGACUGGCUCAUUUCCACGUGCAGCCACAGGGCGUCACUGCAGACACACUCAGCAUUUAUUUCAAGGAAGAACAAAACAACAAGGCUGAUGUUUUUUUUGUUAUCCCUCCAUAUACAGCUCAUUUCCAAACUAAAAAUGGAUCUGCCUGUGUUGUUUAUGAAGGCGUGGUUGCGUUGCGUGUCCUCGCCUGAGAUGUGAUCUGGGACGCGGGGCCGUUCGGUGCCCUCCUGAGGAUCCAGGAGGGAAGGUGGACUGGAUCUGAGGGGACGCCCCACUCCAGGGGAGGGGGGAAGCGAUGCAGCGUCCUCUGAGAGAAGAAGUUGGCAGAGUUGUCCGCGGCGUCAGGGGCGAAAUGAUUUAGAUAUGUGUCACCGCGCGGCUUCCGGAGAGCAGGAGAGACGGGGUUUCACCACACUGGGAUGGUUUGCUUAAAAGGCGCAGGACGCGGCGGGACACCGGAGCGGAAUUAUGGAUCGUGCGUCCAAACAGCUGUUCGUGGGAGUCUGUAAACCAGCGUCGCCUCUUUUCUGAAGACUGAUGGAAGCUGACAUCUGCGUCGAAAAACACCCACAUUUAUGUCCGAGGGAGUUUGUUAAACCGAUGAGUUUAGUCAUGGACGACCGCGGAUCCCUGCCCCAUCCACGGAGCUCUGGUCUGAGGGUGUCGACCAAAAGCAAAGCACCAUCCCCGCCUGGACUAAAGAAGCUGGAUUCUCCAGGUUUCUCCCAGUGGUACCCAGGAAACCCUCAUUUAACCAUGGACCAGAAGGAGAACCUAAUCGAUAAAGACCUUUCUCUGGUUGUGAUCCUGCCUGGCGGGGAGGAAAAGAUGACCACAGUCCAUGGAAGCAAACCCUUGAUGGAUCUAUUGGUGACACUCUGUGCAAAGUACCACCUGAACCCUUCGAGCCACACCUUGGAACUGGUCACCACCAACAAGAAGAACACCAAGCUCAAGCCCAAUGCUCUCAUAGGAACUUUGGAUGCAGAGAAGAUCAUACUAAAACCGAAGGGGGAGGAUAAAAACAAGAAGACAGGUCCGCAGAUGCCUGAGGCAACUGUUCGGAUGGUGAUAAACUACAAAAAGACCCAGAAAACGAUACUGCGAGUCAGUCCUCGAGUUCCCCUGGCUGAACAUCUACCAGCCAUCUGUGAGAAAUGUGAAUUUGACAUUGAGACCACCGUUCUGUUGAAAGAUGUCCAAUCACUGGCCCCUUUGGACUUGUCCUGCUCUCUUAAUGAUUAUGCAAUAAGGGAGGUUUAUGCAAGAGACACGAAAGUUUUCUCUGCACAACAACCUGCUUCCCCAGUGUGUCCAGCCUCGCCAACUCAUGCAGGAACAGUCACGCCAGGAAAAGAUAAAAACCAGAAAGAGGAAGAAAACAAAGGCCUCUUCAGCAAGUUUCGAAAAAGCAAGAAAAAGUCUGAACAGGCAACCACAGCCAGUGCCCCAGCUUCUCCUGUGCUCGUGAGCAAGCCUCGACCGCUCAGCAUGGCCUUGCCUAGUUCCAAUUCGCCCCCGCUUGGCUCCCCUACAACACCCACCUACAUGCCAAAGAAGAGACGUGCGCCCCAGCCCCCGAUCCUCGUGUCCCAGAGCUCCUCGGACCUCAGUGCUCGGCGGAGGCUCAACUCAGAACCUAACGCCCAACUGGACAGUGACCAGAUCGCUGGAUUAAGUCGUGGGUCCUCAGCUGAGUCUUCACUGAAGAGAACCAAACGCAAAGCUCCUCCACCCCCCACGACCCCCAGCGCUGCUGUCCAAGAAGCAGUUCUGACUGAAACCGAAAAUCUGCCAGCGGGUGCAGCUGCCAACACACUGGAGGAGAUUAUGGAGCAAGAGGAGACCACUGCCUCUUUAAUGUCUGCCGCUGCUAGUGAUACCCAGGGAGAGGACAGCAGCCUCAACAUGUCUGCUGAUGUUUCACUGCACUCCCCGUCCCCUGACACUGACGUACUGAGCACAAUGUCCGUCGAUGGCAAUGGGGAAGAUCAGUCUCGUGAUCUAUCCUCAGAUGGCAAUCAACUGCAGAGCCCGGUGAACGAUUCUGCAGCUCUGAAUGAUGUAAGGACAACUGAUGGCACAGGUUCAUCUGAACCGGCUGAUACAAAUGGUGGUCCAUGUCAAGUUGAAAAUGUGAGCCAACAGACCGUGGCAAGUGUCACUGUCUGUGAAGUCCCUACACCUGAAAGUGUCGAAGGUGAUUGCAGAACUUUACCCAGCAGCCUCCCUCCGCCUGUGAUGCAUGAUGCAGAGGUACAGGCAAACAAUGAUACCGCCCCUGAGCAGUCUGACAGGUUGGAGAGCCCAGUGGCCACCAGCAUGUCCCAGCCCACUGGUGAGGACGCUCAAGUGCAAACAGAUGCCACACCUCUACCGCUGCCCCCACAAGAGCAUGUGGAGGUCCCUUCCUCAGCUAAUGUGCCUGGUUCCGAAUCACUGGGGAAGAAAGAUAUGGCCACUUUGACGGAGGAGCUGGACCCGCCUGACCUCGAACGUGCCUUAUCCCACACCUCAGAGACCUCACCGUGCCAAGAGUUGCCGCCAAGUGCCUCUGCUACGACAAAGGCACCAUCUAUUUAUGCCACAAACUCUGAGCCAAAACCGAAGCCUUCCAACGAGCUGACAAGGGACUACAUCCCCAAGAUGGGGAUGACAACAUACACUAUCGUGCCUCAGAAAUCUCUGGAGAAACUUAGAUAUUUUGAAGUUGCACUGACACUGGAGACACCCAACGCUGCUCCAGAAGAGGGACUUAAUAUUGGUGCUCUUCAGUUGGAGGACAGCACAGUGGCGAGAGAACAGACAGAGGUCUCAAAGGAAAAAAGUGAGCUGCACUCUGCCAUACCCAGGGAAGACUUACUGACUAGCACUACUACUGCUACUACAACUACUACUACUACUACUACUACUACUACUACCAAUGACACUGUUGAUGGAAGUAUACCUGAGUCCAUUCAUUCCUCAUCACCAACAAGUUUACCUAAAGCAGAUGACAAGAUGACGCCUCAAGCAGGUUCACCAGCGGAGGUCAAGGAGGUGAAAAUUCCGCCCGCAACUAAACCCAAGCCUGGUUCUUUCCGCUUAUCGCAGCACAAAAAAACACCUGGGUAUUAUGUAAGUUCAGCAGCGGAAAAAAGUCUCACUGCCAGUCCUGGCUCUGGCCAGAGGGAGGCUCACGCAAGUUCAGAGAGAGCACAGUUACCUCCUCCUCCUCUUCCUCCUACCAUUCCACCACCUCCCGUGCAGUUUCAAGAGGAGUCGACAGGAGCCGCUAAUGUUGAGCUGAGCCCUAAAGGAGACGACAAGAAUGUAGGCGUCAUGCGAAUCACCAGGCAAAGUAGUUUGCCGUCUAAAGAGCCAAGCGUAGGUUUAAGCUUGGAAAAGUUAAGGAGCUUUGCAGCACCUAGGCCCUACUCUCCCGCGACCCCUUCCCGCUUCGCCCAGGCAGUGUCCUCUGCUGUGAAAAGAAGCCAGUCCUUAUCCUACCGGCCAAAGUCGCCUCACUCUCCUCAUUCGCCUCACUCUCCUGUUUCACCCCUCUCCCCAAUCACAAGUCACUCACCAGUCAUAGAGUCAAAAGGAUUAUCAAAGCUCAAGGAAGAUGAAAAUAGAGAAAUGGAUGGUGACAAAGGCUCCACCCUGCAGGGAGUCGAGGAUGCACCACCAGCUUUUGGUGGGAUUGUUCAAACGGAAGGAGAGAGCAGUCUGUAGCAGUGCCUUAAUUCUUCUGACGACCAUCUACUAAGGAACUUAUCCUGUCUACUUUGAGUUCUCCACAACCCUCCAUCCCACGACACAGAAGCAGAAACUGCAUUUUGUUUUUACCUCUUUUGGUAGUCUCCAACAGUGUACAUAAAAUUAUGUAUUUUGAUAAUUAAUAAUUGCUGUAUUUUUUUUCCUCAUAUGUGUCAUUAAGUAAUACCCCUUGGAUGACCUGCAUAUUUUAAUGCUUCUCUUUUUAUUGUGUAUGAUGACUAUCUUGCAUUUAAUGCGUUACUGUCGUGAGUGAGAAAGAACGUUAAAUGAGAACAAUUCUAUAAAUUAUUACCAGACUGAUUUGGGGUUUAUAAAUAAUACUGGAUGUGUAGGGCGGACCAGGUCUGACCUAUGGUACUUAAAUGCUCCUUAGAUCAUACAUACAAAUCUAUAUUUAAGUAUUACAGAGCUCUGAUUAAGCUAUAUGAAAAAAAAUACACUGAUGUGCAGUACACCUGUUGUUCUUGUCAACCAGUGUUGUUAUGAAUAAAGCUUUUAUCAUUUCA